AUGACUGUUUCAGUCAGUUUAACAUCUUGUGCUCCUCAAGCUAAAGAGUUGGAGCUGAUGCAGGAUGGAAAAACUCCAUCUGGUGAUGACUUCACUAAGGAAGUGCCUGAUCUAAAAAAUGACCAAGUUAGGUGUGUCUUGCAGCAAACAGAGGAUCAAAAUUCAUGUCUAGAAAUGGAGGGAAGGAAAGAUAACGGGUCCAGUGAGGAGAUCAAGUCUUCUGGUGUGCCUGCUAUGCCUGCUGUGCCUGCUGUGCCUGCUGUACCUGCUGUGCCUGCUGUGCCUGCUGUGCCUGCUGUUCCUGCUGUUCCUGCUUCUUCCUUUAAAAGAAAAUAGAAAAGCAGCUCACCGGGAGGAAACUCCUGAAAAUAACCAGGAAUGUGUUACUACUAAUAACACAGUGAAGCAAGGAAGAGCUGUCAGUCGUGGACGAAGGAAGAGUGAGAAUAAAGAGUACAAUCCAAAGUCUCAAAAUGGUGGGAGGAAUCGGAGAAGGAAGAUCUCCAAAAACAGGGAUUACGAGAACAGCUCAAGCAAUGGUGGUAAUUCAGGAGCAGAUGGCAAUGGGGAAGAUAACGGAAGUGAUGAUGAUGAUGAGGAUGAUGAUGCAGAUGAUGAUGAUGAGGAUGAUGAUGAAGAUGAUGAGGAUGAAGGAGACGAUGAUGAGGAUGAAGAGGAGGAAGAAGAAAGUAAAAAUGAGGAUGAUGAUGAUGACAUUUCAUUAAAUGGAAAUGAUAAGAAUGUAAAACAAAUGAAAAUCAAACAGGAACCACCAGAUGAUCAAGAGGUAUUGUACAAAGCAUUUGUUAUUCUAGUACAAAUAAGAGAAAUUAUCAAAGUAAGUGAGCUGCAAUCAAAGAUAUAAUUCCUGAAACUGAGUGGCCUGAAAAAAUAUAUACUUUACAGGAUUUGAAUUUAGACGUUAUUUGUACAUUGCAACACUAAGUUAGGUGCAAGUUAAAAUAAUUGUUUCUUUUCUUGUUUUGUUUUGUUUUUUUGGUUUAUAUUUCUUCUUCUUUAUCAUGCUUUUAAGGUAUGUGUGUACAUUUAAUCAUCACACUGUACCACUAAUUUCCUAUGUUGGUAAAUCGGUUGAACAAAAACAAUGCACUUAUCCUGCAAAGGCUCUUGUUUUUGAGCCAACUUUUCCUCCACUUAUUGGAUAUUGUGUUGAUUUAUGCUCUCUGUUCAUCGUUUUAGUAGACAUUCAACUUGAAAUAUGCAUGUCAUUCUUACUGGUGUUUUUCUCCCCUCAUCUCUUAAACCCCCAGAAAUGAUUAACAUGUAACUUCUCCCUAUAAUAUCCAUACAACAACCAGGAAGGAGGUGAUGAGAAUACUCAAACUUAUUGGGUAGAAGUUGUUACCUUGAUCUGACACCAAAUUCUUGUAACUAAUUUUCAAGGAAAUGUGUAGCAGUUAGAGGGAGAAUAAACAAUAAGAUCUUGCAAGUUUAAAGGUUGAGAAACUGGGAAGGUUGAUCCUCGUGCAUGGACUUACUGAUCAAUGAUAAUUGAUAUUCUAUUUUAUGUUCACUGAUUUUGAAGGCUCUUCCCAGUGGAUUUCAAGGAUUCAUGGCGGGUUUAGAUGGCAACAUUCCAAUGGCAGAUCUGUUAGAAAAGCUUCCCAAUUCCUUGUGUCAAGGUGAUGAAAACAACACUACUCCUGCACCACCUGGUGCCCCUGUGACCCUUCAUGGAAUAGUCUGCCAUGAAAUUGGCGGUGAGUGUUGUUCAAUAUUGUUACUCUGAGUGGAAUUCCUUUGUGAAGUGGACUACAAACACCACAUUGUGUUUCUUAAGAAAAUAAGGCAUAGAGCUGGUCAAUAAUUCAAACUCAACCUUGUACUGCAUAUGGGGAAUAUCAGUUUUGUGACGAAGAACAUUGAAUUAUGUCUGCAGGGCUAUUGCCAAAAUGAAUCAUUUUUGUCUGAAUUUCAGGAGUACUGGUUGUAAACAUCAAGUGGAGAGACAAGUUUUAUUGUGGUUCCCUGAUGGACUGUUCUCGUCAUGCAUGGGCUAGCCCAAGGUUUGCAUUUUUAAACAAUCCACAUGAUUACUACCUCAAAGUACAGGGCGUGAAAUUAAUUUUUUUUUUCUGAUAGCCACUUGGCUCCUAAAUUCUGCAAAGUGGUAGCCAAUGCAAAUCUUUUUAAUUCACUAUAUCUCUCGGUAAGGUUAUGACAAACCAUUCUAGUCGCCAAUUUGGCGACUAAUUUUUAGGAUUUAGUCACCAAAGUGAAAAAUUUAGUCGCAUUGGCACCUGUAUUAGGUGUAAUUUCACACCCUGAAGUAGCCAAGUGGUGUGGUCAAGUGGCUACAAUAUCAAAAAUUCAUGUUCAUUGUAAAUUUUAAAAUCAAGUAAAGAUGAACUUGCUGUUUUGUGAUUUAAUAAAGACAAGUUAAUGUACAAUAAAACUUUGGAAACUAGAUAAACAGAAUAAGUGCAAUUGUGGUUUUGAACUUCAUGACAGUAUUUCCCUUUCUUUAACAUUUUUACAAUUGUAAUUUACAAUAUGAUAUUGUCCUUUAGAAAUGAAACAGAAAUAUUGUAUGGGUCCCAAGAACUUACUCUUGUUCAUGGUCUAUAAAUAAACUUUUUAAAAAUGUUAUAUGAACAUCAAUUACCUGUAGACAUGGACUUGACAUGUCACUUAUGCACAUUUGUUUUGUUAUCUGUACAUCCACAGAUUUCCUGCUGUAGAAGGGGGUGAAAAUGAAAUGAAAAUGGGUGGGAAAGGUGGAAAGGGUAAAAGGAGACAGAAAGGCAGUUCUCUAUCAUCAUCAGCAGGAAGUGUGAAUAAAGAAGGUAAAUUAUAUCAGUUUUGAAUUUGAUACCAUGGUAGGCAUAAAGAAUUGGUUGUCUCUUCAAAAGUGGAAUAAAGAAAGUGGAGUAGCUUUCAAUUGGUGACCUGUUUUGUCAAAGCAUUGUAUCCACAUUUUUUUUUUUUUUUUUUUAUUUCUUUCCUUCCCCAAAGUGCUGUGCUUUAUCAUUCAUUUGUUUAUUUGUUCAUAUAUUUCAUCCUUCAUGUCUCAAAUGUAAACUGUUCAUUUGCAGUCACCCCACUGAAGCACAAACUUCGUGGUCGAAAGAGAGGUGUUUCAGGCUGUCCCCCACCAAAGUCCCAAGGGUUUAAGGGUCUUGGAAAAAGACGGUCAAAAAAUAUAGAUGAUGAUGAUGAUGGCACAUCACGGCCUGGAAAACGAAGCUGCACAAUGAAAACGACAGUGUCUCCUCAGCCAUCUCCAACAUUGAUUGAAUGUCCUGAGCCAGGGUGUGACAAAAAGUACAAGCACAUUAAUGGUUUACGCUAUCAUCAGGCGCAUGCUCACCUAGAGGAGGUGAGUACAUUUACAGAUAAAUUAAUAUUAUGUCUACACAAACCAGAUAAUUUUUCAACUAUGGUAGUUUAUGUUUGGUAGUGCCAACAUGAACACAUGUUCCAGAUUUACAAGUUGAUAGGAUUUCAUACAGUGUUAGGACUUUGAGUGAUAUAAUGUUAUAUGUUACAUGUAUGUAUCUGUCUUUUUCUUGACCUCUACUCAUACAUGAUAUUUUCAAUUAUGGUAUGCCUAUUUUUUUUACAUUAGUCCAACCAAUCAGAUGAUAGAUCUGCUAGCACCAGUCCCUCUCCUGUGGAAGAGUUCAAAGAGCCUGAUACAAAAACAAGCUUUAAGGGAAGAACAUCUCGUGUCAGUGCCAGGGCACGGAGCGUGUCACCAUCCCUAGCAGCUGCUAUUGCUUCCAUGAACGAGAAGAAGAAUGAGUCCUCCAGAGGAUCAGCUAGCAAGAAAAAGGAAAUUAUAGAAACAUCUACUGAUGCUACUGCCAUAAAGGAGAGUAAGAUGUCAAAAUCACCUGUUCCUUCCACUGAAGAAGAUGCUGUUGAGAAAGAUUCUACUGUAUCAUUUGUGGAGAGUUCUGAUAAAUGUCAACAGGCUUGCGAACAUGACAUCAGAUUAGAGAAUGAUAUCCAAGAGAAAGUUGACCAUGUCAAACAAGAAAAUAGCUUCAAGCCUGUUCUAGAAGAGCAGAAAGGUAUCAUUAAGAAUUUGAAGAAAGAGGAGACAAUGAUGUCUAAGGAUGCUUCCAACUCUUCUGUUGGCUUGAUCGCAACACCUAUGUGUGCAGCAACCACAGAUGAAAUGCAAGGGUGUGGAAAGGAUACCAUGAAAUCCAAUACUCCACAGGCUAGCCAAGAAGUAUGGGAGACUGUGAUAGACAGUGGGUUUAGUGUGGCAAAUAGUGGCAGUAAAUCCCUGAACCAGGAAGAGAGGAUCAGCAUAAGUCAAGUGGAAGACAUGGAGAAAGUUCUUGUGGAAGGCAGUUUUGAUGGCAAACAGUCAAGCAACCAGCUUAGCAUUCCUGGUGUGCAGCCAGUGGAUCUGCGGCAGGCUGUUGACAAAGGAGUUGGGCUAAUUAAUCAGUUAGGCAUUGAAGUUGAGGACAUCAGUGAGACUGAAGAAGACAUUGAUCCUGGCCAAGGUAUGUGGCUUGAACAUUGUAAAUGUAGGAAAACAGUGACCUCCACUUAAAAGCUCACACAAAUGCAUUGCAUAAUAACUUAGUGUUUGUCUAUGGAAUUCUGUUUCAAGGAGCUUAAGGUUUCUUCUCUUUUUUGCAGUCUUCAGAGUACUAGCUAAUUUUUGUCUUAUUUUGAAGUUAGCAGCAGGUUUCUUCCUGCCACAAUAUAUUAAGACUGCCUCUCAUUUAAGUAAAAGGAGAAAAGUUCCUGCACCUUUUAAACAAGCCCAAGGGCCCUAGUCUAGAGAAUUAAGUAUACUUUUAGCAAAGUUCAGGAAAAAUUAGUGGGUGGAUAAAAAUUGAAGAGGCUUUGUGUCUAUUUUCUUUAGAUUCUGAAUACACAAGCAAAGAUGUACCAAAUCUGUCCUGCUCUGCCUCAAAUUCAGACCAAACAAAUCCUGGACUGUCUUUUUCUACAAAAGAUAACUUGUCAAACCAGGCCCAAAAGACAGAGGUAACCUCCAACAAGAGUUUUGUAGCUUCUGAUGUGCCUAGAACAAAGCCUGAAACAAACUUGUACUUUAGCGUCAAGGCGGAGGACACUUCUGCUGAAGAGAAAAGGAACAAAAAUUAUAGUGGAAAGUUGUUAUCUCAAUUUGAAAGUAGAAAAAGUGAGUUAUGGCCCUCACAAACUGGUGUUUCUGAGAAGUUAUCUGCACAGACUUACGUGCCUUUUCAUCAAAAUGCUGAAACAACUCAAACAGUGCUAGAUGACAAAGGCGUGAAAACUUCUGCUGGAAAUAUCUCCAUGGAAGCACUUGUUUCUAAGAGCAUUUCCCGAAGUGCUGUUGAACCACCUCUCAUGAACAGCGAUGCUCCAUCUGCACGAUUUAAAUUUUUUGAGUGCAGAAACUAUGGUGAUGAAAAUUAUGAUAAGUGCAUUAAGACAUCUGAUAUAGAUCAGAAGGCAAAAAUUGACUCCAAAGGUACUCUGGCUCCAAUUAGAUAUCCAGAACUUGUUCGGAAUGGAGCUAUGGUGGAAGUUGCUCAAAAACAGAAUGAUCCUGCAUCAGGUGAGGGUUUUAGGACAGUCUUGAAUGCAAAAUCAUCAGCCGAGGAAGAGAGCAAAAGUGAGGGAAAAGUAACCAAAAACUUGUCCGUUUCUACUGGUUAUACCAGAACUCAUAGUCCAAGUCCAGAAGCAUUCAGUCGGAAUGUGAAUCUUCCUGACAAGGCUAGGGUUUCUACAAAAAGCCCCAGGCCUAUCCCACCACUCACUGGGAAUGUGGCAAUGCAUUUAUCUUCAUCAAGACCAGGAUUUGAUUCUAGUACACUCUCUCCUGGUACAUCAUUUCCAAUCAUUAGUACCAAAGUGCACUCUGCUGGGGGAGAAAGGAAAAAUUCAUCAAGCCCCUUUCAACCUGUCAUAGUCAAGCAUGAGUUUCAGCCUUCAGAGACAUCAAAGGGAAUUAAACAAGAAUUCAUUCCAUCUGGCUGUCCACAAACUGACCCCAGCAACACAUUCACUUCAUCUUCAGUGGAACACAGCAAAACAAUCACAGAAACCAAGGGAGGAUUUGGAUUAAGUGAAAUGGGUAGCAGCAGUAAAAGUCCCCUUCCCAGUCAGGGAAUGGAGGAUCAGGAGAAGUCUUACAAGACAGCAGCUAGAGCUCUGACUAGAACACAUCCUACCUUAAUCUCCAGGGGUGGUAGCUCACUAGGCCCAUCCCUCCCUGUUGGUGUGGCUCAUCCAUACCCCAGAGCUUCAGAUGGGGGUUCAGCUUCUAGUCAUGGGAAAGCAUCAGAUUACAAGACGUCUACUGCUGCUUCUUCUGUUACAUCAGGUACUUUACAGAUAAUUGUAAAGGUUCCCCCUUUCUUAAUUCAUUUGAUUUAAAUGGUUUAUACUGAAGAUAUGUUGUUAAUUAGUUUACUAAGGUGAGGGGAAAAAAUAUUUUGGAUAUGUAUUGCAUAGAGGGAGACAGAUAGUGAGAGCAUUUCAGAGUGUGUAGCCCUAACACUCAAUUGGAGGGCCACAAAGACCAAUAUUUGGUUCAAGAUUGAGAAUACAGCCCGCUAUUUUUUUGUUCCUAAUUUGAGUUGAGGCAUUUUACUUCUUGUUGGGAAUUAUGCAUGAGCAUAAAAUUUUGUAGCCCUGCUUGCAUCAUUGUAUAUUGCUCUCAUGUGGGGAAUUCUUUAAUGUACCUGUAUUUCAAGAACUUUGCAGGGAUGGUUAGUCACACAGUGAUGUAGAAUAUUGAAUUCCUUUGCUUAUGCCACUGAAAUGUUCGUCAUUUAGACCUUUGAUCAGAAUCACUGGUGAUUGAAGAGACUUUCAGUUGCCACAUGCAGUCUUUGACUAUCUAUUUUUCAUGUUUACAGUCACCUAUACAAGUACUUCUCCCAGAUCUCAAUCUAGUCCACGCGAUGUACCAUCCGAGCUACCACAACCAGAAAACAAAGCUAAACAACUUCAAACAUUGCAAGUCCCUAUUCCUAUUGGAGAAGUGUCACCAGUGGCAAUGAAGAGAAGUCCAGGACCUGCCAUCCAUUCUGGACUCCCUCAGACUGUCCUCCCAAUCAUUGGCCCAGGAAUAAAAACACAGGGUUCCACCUCAUCCCACCCCAGCAUUCGACCAGGUUUGAUUUCCUUACCCCGCCGUAUUAAUUUCAGUCUCUUUGCAGUUUUAACUCCUUCACUCCUAAGAUCUCAUCAGUAAUUCUCCUUACUGUCUGUCAAAUAAUUCUUAUGGUGUUAGUUUGGAGAAUUUGGUAUUGAAUCAAUGAAUAAUCCCCUAACAUGUGUUUUUCUUUAUUCUCAUUCCUUAUCUGCUUGGGUACCGUAUUUACCCGUGUAUAAUGCGCGCCCGUGUAUAAUACGCACCCUAAUUUUUGACCUCUUUUUUCCGAAAAAAAAAAUUUCAUGACAAAUACCAAGAAUUAGAACUUCCAUUUUUUCACUUAAUUAACAAGAGCUGGGAAUUCAUCAAUAAUAUGUUUACAACAAUUUCUAACUAGUUGCUACUACAAAUAUCGCACGCACCGAGCACCUAUUUACAAGCUUUUUUAUUCAGUAACAGUCAAACGUUUUAUAAAUGUUGUAACUUGAAGUCCUUAUUAAUAUACCUAAAUUCACAACUUGAAUUAUUAUCAUAACAGCCGUUCAUAAACAUUAUUUCUACUCACAGUACUGCUGGUAGCUUGAAUAUAAUUACUGCAUUGCAAUUGCGUGAUUUAAGUAAAAUGUUCAGUGUCUUUAAACAACGAAACCUUCAAAUUCCGACUCACAGUCCGAUUCGAAUAGGUUUCGAUGACUGAAUCCUCAAGUUCAUCAGUGAUCUCAGUUUGAAUUGUAAACCAAUUCAUCUUGUGAUCCAUUCGAAUUGUUUGUGCACCCACACUUCAGAGAGAGGCAGCGAUCAUUUCUGAUGGAAUGCCUUCCCACGCUUGUGAAAUAUACGAACAGAUCAGUUCCUCCGAAGCCUUUUUUUGUCGUCCAGUAAGUUCGUGAAUUCCAUCAGCCAUCCACUCCUUUCGGACUCCAUCUCUAAAUGGUUUGUUCAAAGAUACAUCGAGCGGCUGGAGAAGGGAAGUUCGCGUUUGAAGAAAGUGUUCACAGUAUCUGUCACGUGAGCCUCAAAUGAGUCGUAAAUAAGCAAGCUCUUUCUCCUCCCCAGGCCACCGAUCCGUGCACUUUUACUUUCUUUGUUGCGUUUUUAACGUAUGCAAAUUAGGACGUGCUUGACAAACAAUAGAAUCCGUGUAUAAUACGCACCGCGAUUUUGAUGCUUGUUUUUAUGGAAAAAAAGUGCGCAUUAUACACGGGUAAAUACGGGUAUUACUUUUAACUACAUUAAGUAGUGGGGCCCUGAUUUGGGUAAGCAUGGAGCUGCCUCUGAGCCACUGUUGCUGCCAGGAGUGCUCUGAGCCAUCCAGCUGUGGAUCCCAAUUAUUGGUGAAUUAAUAUCAGCUCCACAGCAGGGAGGUAGACCUCAUUAGUAUAGGUCAACAAACCACCUAAGGGAGUAAACCCUGACAUAUAAUCUAGGAGUGGAGCCCCUUUGAGGCGGUUAGUUGUGCUUUUAGUCAACUAGCUGGCAAACUUCUGUAGUGAAGCUAGUGCCAAACAUACUGCACUGCUUUCCUUUUGACCACAUCGGUAAGGCUGAGAGGGGGAUCCUGACAUCUUGGGCAGCCCAGGAUUUCCAUUUCCAUCUCACGAGAUGGAUGGUUGCCAAUAUAGUCCUGUCUGCUUGACAUUGUUUAGUUAUUUUAAGGAGAAUUUCAUUCUUGGUCACUUACUGGAGUUCAAUCAAACUACGAACACUUACUGUAAAAAUUUCUCUUGAAUCAUGGUAGGAGUGAAGGCUUCAGGAGUGAAUGAGCCAAUGAAAAAUGAAAGAAAAACUGAAGCUGUGCUUAGAGAGCCAUCACCUUAUUCAGUGUCCAAGUCACCCAUACCACGUUCCCUAAGUACUACCAAGCCCUCUCCAGAAGGGAAAAGCCCACAACAGUUAGCUUCUGGUGCUGGAUCACACCUUAAAAUGAUGAGGGCACCUGAUGACAGUAGUCAGGAGGACUCAGAGAUUGUAAUUGUGAAAGAAGACCCUGUUGCAUUUGGUUCUUCGAAAGACAAGAUGCUUUUGACUGAGAAGGAGAGGGGAAGACGUGAUAUCAGGGACUCCGCUACAGAGUUAAAUUUCAGAUCUCAAGAACACUUAUCAGCCGAACAGUUGAGAAAGUAUCAGUAUCAUCAGCAAAUGUUGCACUUUUAUUUGGCAUAUAACUCAGCAGCUCAAGCCCAGCUGCUCUCAAACAUGCCACCAGAACAGCAGAUGCUCUAUCAACAGAUGUUGUUUGAGCAGGAGAAACAGGUGAGUUUUAUUUGCAAACUGUGACCUCUCACGCGAAAACGUUCCUUACGGUUUGCCGUUUUGAAACGGAUAGCCGUUCGUAAGCCGUUCAUCAGCCGUUCGAACGGGAUGGGAUGCCGUCCGAACGGCUUGAGCUAUCCGUUCAAAAACAAUUAGAAGCCGUUCGAACGGCUGGAGCUAUCCGUUCCAAAUAGAUUGGGAGCCGUUCGAACGGCUUGAGCUAUCCGUUCAAAAAAAAUUGGGAGCCGUUCGAACGGCUGGAGCUAUCCGUUCCAAACAACGAAAUGGUUGCAUGACAAUUAUUUUAAAAGAGAACGCAGACUAUUACCGGCUUUUGUUUCUCCCCCGCGAAAACGAAUUUGCUUUACUCUCAAAAGACUUAUUAUUUUCAAAACAGGAUUAGAUUUAUUCUAGGUUUUCUAUCAGUUUUCAGAUCUAAGUAGCGCGUGUCGCGUUUAUCUUAAUUACUGUCAUUUCGUUCGAAUGUUUUUGAUCGGCCGUUCAACCGUUUACUUUGACCUUAUCCGUUGAAAACUUCAGCCGUUCAGCCGGUCGAAAUUUUCCUUCAGCCGUUCAGCCGUUCGACUUCAACCGUUCGAAACUUUUCUGAAGCCGUUCAGCCGUUCGACUUCAACCGUUCGAAAUUUUCCUUUAGCCGUUCAACCGUUCGACUUAAACCGUUCGAAAUUUUCCUUUAUCCGUUCAGCCGUUCGACUUCAACCGUUCGAAAUUUUCCUUUAGCCGUUCAGCCGUUCGACUUCAACCGUUCGAAAUUUUUCUGAAGCCGUUCAGCCGUUCAUGGCAUCCGUUUUAAACGGUUUCUCUAUCCGUUUGUCAUCCGUUCACAUACCGUGCGUUCGACCGUUCGAACGGAUACCGUAAGGAACGUUUUCGCGUAGAGGUUACUAUCUUUUUAAUUGAACCAAAUUCAGUGUUGUACAUGUAGAUUGAUGUGUACAAUAAUAAACUUUGCUAUUUUCAUAUAGGGAAUGCGCAGCAGCAGCAGUUCAGGUCAUACUGAAACAAGAACGUUUGAGAAGAAAGAAACUCAAAAACCAAGUGACAGAACUCAGGAUGAACGAAGAUCAGAUGAGGUGAGCAUUAAGAAAGCAAUGCCUGCAAGGACCUCUCCUGAUGAAAGUGAAUUUCGGCGAUUUCCUGGUAAAAGUGAGAGUUUGCCAUAUCCAUCAUCACAUGGCUCAUCACCCAAGAUGACACAGCACAAGCUGUCUUCUGAUGAACCUCCUGAAAAGAAAAGCAGGGUUGAUGAAGCGUAUGAACGUGAGAGAGAGAUGGAACGUCUGAAGUACGAAAAGGAGGAGGAAUAUCUUCAGAUGCAAAAGCAAAAGCAGCGGAUGUCAAUGUUUAAGUACGUCAAUACUUAUUGUUUCCAGCUGCUUUUGAUAUUACUUUUAAUUUAACUCUUGAACUCUUAAGAGCUACUAGCAUCUGAUUUACUCCUUACAAUAUCACCCCUGAAUAUAUAUUAAGGUCAUGAGAAUAAAGGAAAUGAUCACCAACUAAAUUAUCCUUGUUAGCAACAUAGGAAAUGCACAGGAAAUGCAUAGGAAACAGUAAGGAGAAUAUGUGUCUUGAUGCUAAGGUGUACAAGGUUAAUGGUUUUGUCUUCUCAAAACGUCUUUAAAAAAUUAGUAAAAGAUCCUCUCUGCGAACAGAGAUUCGAGUUCAACUUAACUUAGACCCAUCAAGUGUCCAGCCCCAAGAGGCAGGCAUUGAUUUUGAUGAGUUUUGGUAGCAUGGGAGGGGUGUGUGAUGUUUCUCUUUUUCUCUUGAAUUUCUUGAGUAGAGAACUUUACAACCAUAAGAACAUGGACAAUUGUUUCUAGGCAUUUUGUCACCUUUCUGUCUCUUUGUUCUUUGAAUAAGGAAACUGGAGAAUGAAAUGGGUGGCAGCUUUCACAAGCAACAAAAAACUCCAGAAGGGUCAGAAAGACGUGGAAAUCUUAGUAGAGAGGAGGAAAAAAUGGAAAAUAGGAGUGAAAGUGGAAGGGACAUGGUGAAACACCGUUCUCAGGUUUGAUCAUAUUUCCUUAAAAUUGAUUCGGUUUCUAUGUUUUUAGGUAUUUUUAACUGUUUGUAGUUUCUAAUGGUUUAAACCAUUAAACUCUCUCUUCCAUUUUAGGUAAAUGGCACCACUGAAGAAUUCCAAGGAAAUAUCACCCAGAAUUUGUAAUUAUUUCCUUUAACUCUUCAUCUUUCAGGAGCCAUCAACAAGUACAGCAAAGGAAAUAAACCAUUCUUUUGAGGCAGAAAAUUCUCGCAGUGCCUCCUCCUCAGACCAUGGAUCUUCCCGUAGCCAGGUUAUCAAAUCCCAAUCCCUUUUGGCUCCAAGAUCUCCAAGACCUUCCAGGUCACCUUUACCAGCAGCAAGAUACAAAGAGAACUCCCCCACUUCAGAUGAAAAAAGGGAGAGUGCAAACUCACACUCCACAAACUUUACACCAACUCAGUUUCAGGCAUAUUUGUCACAGUUCAACUUUGACCCAUCGGCAGGUUAGUUUGAAGCACCAUUUAAUAUUUAGACUCUUAAGUUUUUGCAAAGGGAAAGUGAAUGUGCAGUGAAAAUUACCUAAUAAAAUUUUAAGUACUGUAAUGAGAUAACUUUUUUUGCAAUGGAUGUGAUUUAAUCACAACAAAAUGAAAUAAAUCAGGUGUUACUUUCUUGUUCUAAUUGGUUUACAGGACAGUUACCAUACAGUGCUCAUCAGAUGUUAAUCAGCCAACAGCUCCCACUUCCUCCAGGAAUGGUUAUGAGCAUGCCAAUAAGCAGCAAUGGGGAAUCAAGUGCUGUGAUGUCAUCAAGUAGAGAGCGUGACACAAGAAGUCCCUAUCAAGUAGCAGAGAGGGAUCGUUCUUCUACACCCACGCUUCACUCCAGCUCCCAAGCUCGUAUGUCAACCACAGAUACUCAUGAAAGACUGCAAAAACUCAAAGAAAGUACUGAAAAGGAAGCUCGCCAUUCUUCAGUUCCCUCCAAAGAUGACAGAGUCAGAAAUCGUGGCGCAUCAAGUGAGCAAAAGAUAUCGCCAAAGGCUAGCUCCAGGUCAUCUGAUUUUAAAGGGGAGAGCAACACUUUGCAUAAUCACCCAAGCAUAAUUGCAAACAACCUAGCAAUCAGUAGAAUGGCAGGUCAUGUGGAUGUACUCACAGAGGAGGAGAUUAUGAGAAGACAAAGGCUUGCGGCAGACAUGGGCUUCUAUGGUCUCAUUGGGCAGUUUGACCCAGCCUUUGGUGAGUUAAUACCUGCUUUGCCUACAUAAAAAUCGAUGAUACCCUUCUCCCCCCUCUAUCCCUGUGAGACAUUACACCUGUCAUGCCCUGGAUCUAAAUACAUGUAACUCCCUAAUGUGUGUCAUACAUUUCUUACAAUUGCAGCUCUAAGAAGUUGGUGAUAAAUCAAACUACACCCCAUACUCCACAGUUUUCUUUGUUCUCAUUACCUUUAUGCUUAAAAAAAUGUUUUAAUAUGGCGAGGAGAACUUCCCUUUUUUUUCACUCCAGAGAGUAAAAGGGUGAAGUGUUUGUACAUGUCACAUGUGUGUGUUUUUUAAAUUUUUUUAAAUUUUUUGGAACAGUUAAAGGAAACAACUAGGUUUUGUAGCAAGAUUGAGUGAUCAACUAGAGAGAAAAUAACUCACAUCAGGUUUCCUUCUCCUAAUCUCCUCACAGGUUUUCUUUACUUUUUCUCUGUUAGUGACUCAACACAAGAUAUUCAUAUUCACUUGAAUUGCGUUCAGAGCUCUUUCAUGUAUGGCAAACCUAAGAGUCAUUCUUUCAUACACAUGCAAAUAAGCUUUCUCAGCCUCAUUUUUGAAUGGAAAUUCUAUUGAUGUAAAUCAUUCUGUCUUAAGACUGGAAAGAUGAAUCGACAAGGACACUAUAGAAAAAUAAGGUCCACCAUUUGAUGAAGGUGUAUAUGAAUUUCCCUUUUUUGUUUGAAAUUUGUUUUAGCUCCCUCCAUGAUACAGUCAUCUCCACAACACAUGAGCAGAGGCGUGGAACAUUAUAUGACAAAAAGGUACAGUAUCCUGUAG